AUGGUUUCAAUCUUCAUCCACCUUGUUCUCUCGAUACAGUGUAGGCACCUCCAUUGCAGUGCCCUUCUCUGUGCUGUAAUUAGUCGACUGAGCUUGCCUGCCCUGUGCCUGCUGGCUGCACCUGCCGCUUCGACCCCACUAUGUUCCCUUUUCUCCCCUCCCCUCGCUUGCCUGCGGCUUGGCCCUUCUGCGUUGGCCUGUGCUGGGAGAGAAGAACCCUGGAAUUGGAUUGGAAUGGACGGAUCGAGUGAAUUGGAUAUUGCUGUGGACGUGGUCAGGCUCUCGGGGCUCGGGGACUCUGGCAAAUGGGCCCCCAGGGCAUGGGCGUGUUCCCAUUUGGCGGGAAGGGAAGAGAAAUGGGGGCGCUGGGCUGGGCUAGGCUCUCCAUCAUCAUUAUUUUAG